GACGAAAAGGUGGGAGGAGUCAGGGGCGUUGAAAACAGUCUUCCAUUAUAGCUGCUGGGUUAGAUUUAGUUUUUCUUUCUUUGUGCUCGCUUUCGUUUUUCUUUAAACUUUUUAUGAUUUAAUUGCCUGUAUAAAGCUGCAUUAAAUUAUGUGGCCUUUCCUUUGUUAUGUACUACAGUGCGACGAGAUAUACUGCAAUAUAUUACUCACACUCCCUUUUGUUUGAUGAAUAAUCUUGCUUUGGUAAACAUGGAAGAUUGAAACCUGAAUAUAGAUGCGCCUGUCGUCGAAAACAUUACCUGCAAUUCGAAAGGAAGAGUUGGUGGAGAAGGCUGGCCAGCACCAACGUCGUCAUGAAGAACCCGGGGCCUGCGGAGAACGAACGCUUGGUGGCUUUAUUGGAGGAUGCACUGGUCCGGGAGCUACGCCUCUGGAAAGUGCCAGUGUUCAAGGAUGGACACAUACAGGGUACUGACAUUACCCCGUUCCAAGUCCACGAUGUGAUCCUAUGGCUGGGAGACAUGGGCAAGCUCUUCAACUUCUGCCAGGAAACAUUCGCCCUUGGAGUCUGUGUUUUGAAUAGACUGCUAGCAACAGUGAAGGCCCAGCCCAAAUACCUGAAGUGUAUCGCCUUCACCUCUCUGAUCCUUUCGGCAAAAAUCAACGAGGAGGAUGAGGUGAUCGGGUCAGUCAAGGACCUCGUCGUACAGAGUGGAUGCAACUUUUCCACAGCCGAGAUUCUCCGCAUGGAGAGGAUCAUGCUAGAUAAGCUGCACUGGGACCUGUACACCGCAACACCAAUCGACUUUGUUUACAUCGUAAGUAGGCAACCAGUUGACAUGUCUUUAUAGCUUUGACGUGCUAAAACACUGCAGUUCAAAAGCACCAGGGAACACAUGCUUCACCUUGUUCACCGAUGGCUGUUGUUAAACCUCUCCCCAGUGCAGUAUUGGUCUCAGAAAUAGUGCAUUGAUUUGACUUGUGCUCACCCCUGUAGUAUGUCUCUGACCUGACACCAUUGGCAAGCUGUCAUUUAAAACACAGGGAUUAAGUGCCAUGUAUAUAAUGGAUCAGGCCAAGGCACUUUUCUAACUAUAACUGUACCUUCAGCGGUAAAGAAGAAUUAAAAACCUGUUAGCAAGGGCAGAGGCAUUUCAUAGAAUUUGUGUAAACCACACCCUUAACAAAAAGGAUAUCCUAGAUGAAUUGGAAUCUGACCAUGCUGCUGUCAGGUAUGUACAUUUAGUCAUAUUCCAUUCCUUUCUGUUUCAUAUUAUGGCACACUGGAGUUUGAUAUUGGAAUCAAUAGUUUGUUCUACACACCACAAAGUAAAAGUUAAAUAAGCAUUAAAUAUAAAUGGCAAUACUUUUGUCCAUUGCUCUAGUUGUAUUAAUUGUAAUGUUAAAUCAUGCUUAAUUUGAAUAAAAGAAACCACAAACCUUGGAUGGUUUACUUUGGAACCGAA